AACUCGAACUCGAACUCAAAUAAAAAAAAAAAAAAAACACUCGAAAAACUGCCGGUGUGAGAGUUUCGUUGGCUGUGAUUGCAUGCUCCAUGGCGCCCUCCAAGCUCGCGAUUCUGUCAAUUUUUCUUGCCCUUAUUUUCUCCCAGAUUCGGGCUGACAUGAAAGUCCCGGAUGAGGAAAACGAGCGACCCUCAUUCCCGGUGAAGAUAAACGAGCUAGGGAGCCCCGAUUCGUGGAGUUCGAAGUUCAAGGCUAAGUUCCACGACUUAGAAAAAACGGGGAGGCGCUUUUUCGGUGGGAACGCUAAGGAACAAAACAAGAAUGAGCAGAGUGAAAAUGGAGCCUCUCCAGAAGAGAGGGAGAAGGUAAUUCAAGGGCUUACGGAAGCGGGGGAUCAAAUAAUUCAAGAGCUUAGAGAAGAGGGGGGUAAAGUAAUUCAAGAGAUGUUGGAUAGCAUUAUUCAAGAGAUGUCGGGUAGCAUUUCUUCGUUGCCGACUGAAAUCAAGUUUCUCCAGAAAAACGGGUCAUUAGUUGAGCAGCAGGUUAGGAAGGCUCAUGCACGUGCUGAUGAACUAGAGAAGAAGGUUAAUGAACUUGAACAGAAAUUACAAUCGCAACGUAAGGAGAAAGAGGAAUUGGAAUCCUGGACAAAUGAAGCUGAGGAGAAGAUUGAUGAUUUGCUUUCAGAAAUAGAGAAUAUUGGGAAGACUAAUGAUGAGCAGGAGACCAAAAUCCGUAAAACUGAGCAUGCUCUUGAAGUUAAAGUGGCUGAGGUGGAAAUGUGGAAGGCGAAAUUUGAAGCUACUCUAAAAGCAAAAGUGUUAAAUGAGGUUAACGAACUUGAAAAGGAAUUGCAAUCGCAACGUAAUGAGAAAGGGGACUUGAAAGACCGGGUAAAUGAAGCUGAGAAGAAGAUUGAUGAUUUGCUUUCAAAAAUAGAGAAUGUUAACGAACUUGAAAAGGAAUUGCAAUUGCAACGUAAUGAGAAAGGGGACUUGAAAGACCGGGUAAAUGAAGCUGAGAAGAAGAUGGAUGAUUUGCUUUCAAAAUUAGAGAAUGUUAACGAACUUGAAAAGGAAUUACAAUCGCAACGUAAUGAGAAAAGGGACUUGAAAGACCGGGUAAAUGAAAAUGAGAAGAAGAUGGAUGAUUUGCUUUCAAAAAUAGAGAAUGUUAACGAACUUGAAAAAGAAUUACAAUCGCAACAUAAUGAGAAAAGGGACUUGAAAGACCGGGUAAAUGAAGCUGAGAAGAAGAUCGAUGAUUUGCUUUCAAAAAUAGAGAAUGUUAACGAACUUGAAAAAGAAUUACAAAUGCAACAUAAUGAGAAAGGGGACUUGAAAGACCAGGUAAAUGAAGUUGAGAAGAUGGAUGAUUUGCUUUCAAAAAUAGAGAAUGUUAACGAACUUGAAAAGGAAUUACAAUUGCAACGUAAUGAGAAAAGGGACUUGAAAGACAGGGUAAAUGAAGCUGAGAAAAAGAUCGAUGAUUUGUUUUCAAAAAUAGAGAAUGUUAACGAACUUGAAAAGGAAUUACAAUCGCAACGUAAUGAGAAAGGGGACUUGAAAGACCGGGUAAAUGAAGCUGAGAAGAAGAUGGAUGAUUUGCUUUCAAAAAUAGAGAACGCUCUGGAGAAAAAAGCCCAAGCUGAAAAGUGGGCUGAACCCCAUGUCGAAACAACAAAAACUAAAUGGAUCCCGGCAAUAAAGGAACAAUGGGUGGUGGUGAAGGAUACUGUUGAACUUCAUGUGAUAUCGUUAAGUAAUAAAAGUAUUGAAGUUUAUGAGGUUUCAAAGACUACAUUAGCUCCACAUGUUAUAAAAGCACAAGAAGUAGUUGAUAUUUAUUUUCAGGAAGCAAAAAAGUUCAGCAAGCCAUAUGUUGAUCAGCUGACCACUGUGACAAAACCUCAUGUCGAUAAGGCAGUUAUUGCCUACGAGAAGUUUCUCAAAUCUGCAUCAACAUACCAUCAUCAGGUUCAAGGGACAGUAAAAGAUUUGCUGAAGAGGCAUGAACUGACAAGACCUCUUGCUACAAAGGAGUUGGAGUGGUUUGCGGCCUCGGCUUUGGUGGCCCUGCUCAUCAUAAUUCAGUUCAGAAUUUUCUCCUCACUUUUCUGUACAAAGACUAAAAAACCUGUUCCAGGUACCAACCAUGCGCGUCGUAAGGCUAAAAGGUGCCAUCCAGAGAAGUAAGCUGCUACUGGCUUUGUUUAGAUGUCCUUUUUCCGUGCAUGAUUCAAUCGUCUGUGUAAAAUGUUAGAAACUGUGAUGCACUGGUUAAACGUUAAGAUAAGUCUAGGAGUUGGUGGCGGUGGGCGGCUUUUACUUAUGUUGUUGAAGGGUGUAUUUUAGUUUAUCUUUUUAGUGUAUUUGGAAUAAAAGCUGACAAACUACAUAUCAAUAUUAUUAUAUAUAAGUGGGGUUACCAUCAUAAA